UGAACCAAAAUCAAGAAUAAGUCCUCAAAUCUAUCAAAUCCAUGGGACUCUCGAAUUCGACCCAGAAAAAUGAAGCCCAACGCACAAAACAAAUCUUCAUCUUAUCCGGCCAGAGCAACAUGUCGGGGCGCGGCGGCGUCUUCAACCACCACUGGGACAGCGUUGUUCCUCUGGAAUGCUCUCCUGAUGCUUCUAAAAUUUUCCGCCUAAAUGCACACCUUGGCUGGGAGGUGGCGCAUGAGCCCCUCCACCGCGACAUUGACAACAAAAAAACAUGUGGAGUGGGGCCCGGAAUGUCAUUUGCCAACGCUGUCAAGGAGCGAGUCGGGGUGGUCGGGCUGGUGCCAUGCGCCGUAGGUGGGACCAGAAUUAAGCAGUGGGCGCGUGGAUCUCAUCUUUACGAGAACAUGAUAAGGAGAGCCAGAGCGGCUGCGGCGCAAGGCACCGAAAUCAAGGCGUUGUUGUGGUACCAGGGAGAAAGCGAUACGACGACUCGAGACAAUGCUGAGUCCUACAAGGAGAAUAUGGAGAAGUUUAUUCACAAUGUGCGUGCUGACUUGCAUUUGCCAUCUCUUCCAAUUAUUCAGGUGGCAAUAGCAUCAGGAGAGGGGAAAUUUAUUGAGAAAAUUAGACAAGUGCAAAAGGGAAUUGACGUCCCAAAUGUUGUAUGCGUCGAUGCAAAGGGAUUGGAACUGAAGGAAGAUAAUCUUCAUUUAACAACAAGAGCACAAGUAGAAUUGGGACAUAUGUUGGCUGAAGCUUAUCUCACCCACUUUGUAUCCCCAUCUGACUCAGUCAUCUGAUACUUUGUCAAUUUAAAUUUGUUGUAAAAGAUCGAUUAUUCUUCCAGCUAAGCCAUGUUUGACUCUCUUUGAACAAAAAUUCUUUAU